AUCGUCGUCUGCGCAAAGAGAAACCAGGAGGAAGAGGAGGCGGGGGUUUGGAUGAUCGCGACAACUCUAAUUCAGCUCUCCUCCUCCUCGUCCUCGUAAUACAUACAUAACAGCCCGGAAAGCAUACCAUCGGGGCUAAGAGAGCUGCCGAUCGAUGUCACAGUGGACACUGCGUGUGACCUUCUCGGAGGCGCGCACAGUGGUGCGAAGCUCUGAGGCAGAGCUCCGCGUGCGGCGUCGUGGAGGACAGCCUUCUCGGGGCUUCGGGAAUAGGUUUAAGAUUCUGGUUGCUGGAAAAUCCGUUCAUUCAACAUAGUUUUUCUUCCUUUUUUUGGAUUGAGGUUAUUCUGGGAGGUGUGUGAUGGUUGUUGACGGAUCUGGUUGAAAGAGCAUCCGCUUGAGGGCCGGGUGUAGGUGUGGUGCAGGCGUGGUGUUACUGCGCCUACGGGAAGCGGUGUUUGUUUCGGGUGUGAAUAGCUCGGGCGUAGACAUGGCGCGGAGUUUGUAAACUGCGAGGACGGGAUGGAGUGGAUGUGCAGAGGCUUGUGAAGAAGGUGAGGGAGAAAAUAAGCGGUGAUGGGAUCUCCGAAGUCGUGGUCUGCCUCUAGCAGGGUCAGGCGGACGACAGCUAUGAGAUGGGCGCGGUUUUGCUACAAGGUGCUCUACGCCGUGUCGUUCUUGGCCGCAAUGUAUGCUGUGCUUGCUCAUUUCCGCUCCGCGCCUCCGAUUUCCAGCUCUGAUUCAGAUGAAGAGGCGCCCCCAGGACUCGAUUCGUUAGUACACAACACAACAACUAUUGUGUUAAGCCCUAUCACACGAGCAGAGCAAGAGCAGCGGCGCUGGAUAGAGAAGCCGAACUCUCUAUGUUUUGGUCUAGGCAAUGUCACCAUCUUAACUGUGACCAUAGACCUCCCAAAGGCUUAUCUGGUGCAGUUGCGGAGAAAUCGGUUGUCAUACGCAUCAAUUCACGGAUACAGAUACUGUGAAGUAUCAACUACCUUGGAAUCUUCCCGCCCUCCGGCGUGGACGAAGGUGAAAGCGAUGAUGUUGUUGUUAAGCUUUACCGACAUCGUGGUCGCUAUGGAUGCAGAUGCAAUCAUCCGAAACAAUACUAUAAGGAUAGAGAGUAUCCUUGAGCUAGAAGUUUAUGAUUUGAAAGAUAAAGACGCUAUAUACACAAACGAUUUUCAGCAGGACAGGCAGAGCGAAGCCACUCCAAAGUCGUUUAUAAACACUGGUGUUUACAUUAUGCGCAACACCCCGUGGAUCAAGGGAUUCUUGGAAUCUGUGCACAAAUUCUACCAAUCCUCCAUGUUUCAAAAGAAUUUGGAGCGUGAUGAAGUGAUGCUGUAUCGCAUGAAGAAUGCUGACGAGUUCAAUGAACAUGUUGCCAUAAUUCCAUUCAGGUACAUGAAUAGUCCAGUUACACAGGAUCUGGAUAAGUAUGAAGAUGGAGACUUUGUGGCACACUAUGCAGAAGAGCACAGCCCAGAUAAAUACAGGGAACUUGCCUCGCAGCUAGCUACAAUGAAUGUGUGAACCAUGCUGGUAACCUUCACAGCACCGACAGUAUCAUGUUUUCAUCAGACGUACCAUCAUGUUGCAGUAAUUAACUGGAGAUGAGUUUAGGUCAUACGUUCGUUCCAUGCCUGAUCUCUAGCUUUCCUUAGAGGAUGGAGUUCGAACAUGCGAUUUGUAGACGAGCAGUGGUGCAGCCACCUUGCAAUUUGCUUAGAUGAGUAAAUUUCGUUCUGUUUCUCAUGAUUCUUACGCUAAAAAAAGUCACAUCUCGUAGUUCGGUUUGGUGGACAUUUGUGGGCGUUCAUUCAGUAUUCGAAGCAAGGUUCUCAAGUUGCUCCAUGCCUCGGGAUUGUGUGUGCUCAGCAGCGAAUGAAGUAUUUCAAUUUAUGAAAACAUGAAAUAACUUUGUCUCAUGACUGGCUGCCCAAAGCGAAGGUUAAACGCCAACAAGAAUUAGAGCGUUUCUUCAACUCUGGUUUUACACAACCUAUUUGUUCUCAAGAUUGUGUCGCGAGAAUUUUUAACCCGAAAGAAUAUUGUCUGGUCGAAACAACCAACCUCAUGUAGGUAUUAAUCGAUGAACGAAAUUCUUAUGUUCUACAACCUGGGUAUGAAAUAAAUGAGUAGGAUGUUUGUGCAA